AUGGGAAUGCCUGGACCAGAGGCUAUGAUGCCAGGGCAUCCAGGUGGUCCAGGAUUUCCUAGUCGAUUCCCAGGAAGAGCCGGUUGUCCACCGGGCGCUAUGCCUCCAGGCGGAUUUGGAAUGUUCCCCGGUGAUCCGAGAGCAAUGCCUGGCCAACGGAUGCCACCGAAUGCGGCAAUGCGUAUGCCGCCCGCUUCAUUCGCUCCUGCUGGAAUGCGACCAGGUGCGCCAGGAGGACCACCUCCUCCACAAGGAAUGAGAUAUGGUGCGCCACCUGGUGGAGCGUUCAUGGAUUCUCCAGGACAGGCAUUUCCACCCGGUGCUGGCAUGAUGCCAAACGGUGGUGGUGUGAUGUGUUCGCAAGCGCCGGUCGGUAUGUCUAUGUCCUCUCCUGGAAUGCCGCCUGCUGGCGCAGCUGAUCCUCAUGGAUUUAUGAUGAGCGGUAUGCCGUCAAGCUCCACUGCCAUGCCUUUUGGUAUGGGAGAUACAUCAGUGACCAUGGGUAAUGGUAUGGGACCAGGAGGAAUGGGCGGGCCGGGUACUGGCGGUCCUGAUGGCGGGCCGCUGACAGGUUUGCUGAACGGUGAAGAGCUGAAGCAGUCACCUGCCUCGACUCCUCGAGGUGGUGUGAACGGUGGAACACCGGCUCCGCCAGGAUCAGCUCACAGUAUGCAGCCCGCGUCCGUACCUGGAGGAGCUGAACUAAUGGAUCAACAGAGCACUAAAGAUGACAUCGAAGUAAGCAAAAUCAAGCAAGGCUUAUUAGAUGAUUUUGCGCCAAAGGAAGAAAUAUCAUCUGGUGAUCAGCCAUAUUUCUAA